AUGACCAGUCGUAUACCAGCAAUGCCUGGCGCAAUGUACGAAGCCAACGAUCAUUUUGAGCGGGCAGAGUUUCAGCGCCUAGAUGACGAUCACAUGCCAGCAUUGAUGCAUGAGCUCACGAUGGAGCAUGAGCUCACGACGGAGGAUGAGCCCAAGAGUUUGUUUAUGGAUGCUAGUUCGUGCGCGGAUUUGCUAGUCGCAGUCGCUCAUGCGGUCAAUGCUGAAGUGCCGAGGACGACUAGUACAACUAUGAGCUCCAGAAGUCACCCAAAGCUGCGUCAAAUCAUGCCUGCAGUUGCUGUGCACGGACCAUGGUACCAGUUUUUAGCGAUGCGUAUCUCCGAUGGGAUCACCGGUGACCAUUGCUCUCAUGUUGUUAUGGCGUGCAAGAGUGCUUUGAAUGGUAAUACGUUGGGAAGGUAUAUUAAUACGGUCCUGAUCCAGGCGGCAGCUCAGUUGGGCGGUGAAACGGGCAACCACGCAGGCGGAUGGGGGGCAGCAAGGGUGUUGGCAACGGUGACGCUGCUCUGGGAUGAACUAUGGGCGGCACUUGCUGCAGAGGGCGAGUCAUCGGUACCAAUGGCGAACUGUGCGGCCUAUGCACUCGCGUCUGAUUAUGCUGAGAAUGUGCACUGCACAGUAGAGGAGGACGGUGAGAUGCGAUUCAUCAUGUACGAGGACUCGACAGUGCUACACGAUGUGACGAUCCGUAUGGAAUUCUUCCGGCAAGGUGGCCAACCACAGUGGAGUAUGGCGAUAAUCAACAUGUGGCGAGACUACACUAUGCGGCGCUGGAAAGUCGACAAGGACAUGUGCUUUGACAGAUAUGUGCGAGCAUACCUCAAGGACGACAGCGGCAUCAACAUGAGCAAGUCUAGUUGCAAUUUGGCGGGUGUAGGCUGGGAGGAUGUCAGAAAUUGGAAUAACAAAAACAAAGGUGCAAGAGCAGGAACGGCACAAAUCCUCACUAAACGCCAGAUGUAG